AUGGAUGCUAGUGAUGUAAGAAAUCUUGAACCCUUUACUAUUGUCAAGAAACCUCAUUCGAUGACUAGCCUGUACCUUGAUCCUACUAAUGUCAAACAAAAUGUUGAUGCUUCUGUAAAAAUCUAUUUUGUUCCAGAAAUUAUAGGAAAUGUUGAAACCUCUGAAAACACUAAUAAACCUAGAUAUGUUACCACUCUGAGUAAAUCUAGUAUGAUAGUUGCUGAAAGAGACAAUGUUGAUAAAAAUAUUCGUGUGUUGAUUUCUCAAGUUUUGGGUAUUGAACCUAAGACUGGUAUUGUGCCGUAUAUCUCCACAUCCUUGGGCCAAACUGAUAACCCUACUAAAACCCCUCUUGAUAAAUCUGAUGGAAAUGUUUCUACUCAGUCCCCUGAAAAAUCAGAAGAAAAAGAUGAUUCUGAUGGCACGUUUGGUGAUUUGUCGGAUAAAGAAGAAAACUCUGUUGAGAAGAAGGACCAAUCUACAGACAUUGAAAAUAUAGAUGAUCUGGACUCUGAUGAUGAGCCAAUUGGUAAGAUAUUGUCUCCAGGAAUAUCUAAAAGGUUAAAGAGAAGGAAAGGGAAAGCGGUUGAGUCCUCUAGCAAGCCCUCCAAAUCUCUCAAGAGAAGUACUAGUGUUGGCCCUACAAAAGGGUGGAGCAAGGUUGUUAAUCCUGUCACCAAAAAGAGAUACCUAAAGAGGAAGGAAGCCUCAUCUGCUUCUAAAAAGUGGAAUUUCGUUUACCAAAGAACACUGGCUUUGGAAAGAGAACUUGGAAAAUAUUCUUUUGAGUGCAAAGAAGUUAUGGGUAUGAUUCAAGAAGCCGGAUUGAUGAAAAGUGUGACUAGCUUUGGCAAGUGUUAUGAAAUUCUUGUUAAGGAAUUCAUUGUGAAUAUAUCUAAGGAGUGUGAUAACAAGAGGAGUAAGGAGUUUAGAAAGGUGUAUGUGAGAGGAACAUGUGUGGAGUUCUCUCCUGAAAUCAUAAAUAGGUUUUUGGGCAGAAGUGAAGAAGAGCAAGCUGAAGUGGAAGUUUCUGACAAUGUCAUUUGCAUAGAAAUUAUAGCAAAGCAAGUAAAGGAAUAA